AUGGAAGAACAGUCGAUGGCAUUCCAUCCAUUCGCGCUCUUGCCCGUGGAACUUCGCCUAGCUAUCUGGUUCCACUGUCUGCCUCAUCGAGUUGUUCAAAAAGACAACCCUUUUGAGAUUACGAGGCUCCGCGAGGAGCACAAAUGUUGGUCCAUACGGCCAUCUCUCAAGAAUGCUGCUCCUCCACGCAUUGCCUCAGUCUGUCGCGAAUCAAGACAAGUCGCUAUGGAAUGGGGCAAGAUGGUCUCACAGAAUCAUAGCUGGAACCUGGGGCCCAUAUGGAUUCAGCCUCGUUUGGACAGCUAUCAUCUCAAUUUUACCCCAGAGGCAGCUUGGAGCUCCGGUUACGACAUAGAGAAUAUCAGGGACUUUCUCAUCGAGGGGUGGAACUGGCUAGACGCGGUCCCGAUAUCGGUAGCUGCAGAGUAUUUCUUCGAAUUUGACUUGGAAGGGCGAGACCUUUCCAUGAUGCGCUCUACCCCCUAUAUCGAAAUCAAAGACGACUUGGUCGACGAAGAUCUGAACAUACUUUACAGCGAAUGGGCCUACAAUUAUUCGAGGCCGUUUACAAAGGUAUCAUUAUCCGCUACCAUGGCCUUCAUUUCUGUUCAUGUUGCAAAGAGGCACGCCAUAGCAUCCGGCCUGUUUGGCCUGCUGCUCGAUGCUCCAGUACAGCUGGUCAAUUUCGACGAUGAGCAGAGAAUCAGAGCAUUCCGAGCCCUCUUUGAGAGAGACAGUUUCAACCGCAAAAGGCCUGAAAUGAUUAAAUUAUUCUCUCUCAUUUUGUCAUCAACCUUUCGAUCUCGUGUAGAAGCCUGGAGGGAAAAGGUGGACUGGCUCAUGAUGGCAAACGCAUGGCUGCGCGCGAAGAUGAACUGGGAGAAUUGCAUACCCUUUGAUGAGGAUCCAUCUUCAGCCUGGAUACCAAUCACUGAAGAGUUUCAAGACCGUCGGCGGAUUGUCUACAUGAGGAAUGAGCAUGACGGUUACGAGAAUCUGUUCGACAACAAUAACCCUUGGGUUAUACAGGCCAGAAAAGAGCUGCCGCGGGUUGCACCCAAAGUCCUCUUCUUACUGUGUACUGACGACUGCGAUGUGGGCGGCAAUCUGGCCAUGGUACCUCCCAUUCCGCGUAGGUCCAAUCGGGAUGACUUUUUUGAAGUUAACCAUUACGAGGAUCUCUGA